AUGCGUACCUCAUCUCUCGCCCUCCUCGCCCUCAGCGGCGCCGCCCAGCUGGCCUCCGCCGUCCAGUUCCUCAACCCGGCCGAGAACGCGACCCUGACCAAGGGCUCGACCUACGACCUGGAGUGGUCCACCGUCGACACCGACCCGACCACCCUGAGCGUCUACCUGGUCAACUUUGUCAACUGGCCUCCCUACUACCAGGAGCUCGACCUCGAUGUUGACACCAGCGCCGGCGAGGCCUCUGUCCGCAUUCCCUGCGAUGUUGACUCCGCGUAUGGGUACCAGUUCAACGCCAUCAACGGCACCAACGUCUACGUGAUCUACGCUCAGACCCCCAAGUUCUCCAUCGGCGGCGCCAGCUGCGUCGAC